AUGGAACUUAUCGCUGGUCAUGUCUUAUUCAGACAUGGUGAUCGAACACCGAUUCAAUCAUACCCAACUGAUCCUAUGAAAGAAAAAGAUUGGCCAAAUGGGUAUGGUCAAUUAACAAUUGCUGGUAUUGAACAACAUCAUCGCCUUGGCCAAUAUCUUCGUACUCGUUAUGGAUCAAUUUUAAGUUCGAAUUAUACUGCUAGUGAAAUUGUUGUUCGUUCAACCGAUUAUGAUCGAACAUUAAUGUCAGCUCAAUCCAAUCUUAUUGGUCUUUAUGGGCUAAAGAAUGUAUCGGAUGAUACAAUUCCAAUUCAACCUGUUCCCAUACAUACUGU